AUGGCAUGGACAGCGAGAGCUACAUACGCUUUCCUCUUCCAAGCUUGGCUCGCAAUCUGCACGCAGCAGCCAGAAGAACCUUGCGUGGUGUAUGUCUUGGAUGACCCCGAAGUGGGUUAUGUUUCCUGGCAGAUGCGAUCUGUCCUACGUAGUUUUUCUGUCCUUAACGUCACGGCCAGGGAGCUGGAUGCAGCAGUUCUGAAUGGUGAGACAGCUGCGGCGCAAAUUGUUUUCCCCGACCCGAGAACCUCUUUGCUUGACAUGUAUAGUGUCGAGGCCUGGGAAACCGUAGCGCGCAUGUCACAGACAGGAGUGCACUUGAUUGUUCAUGGCAGCCUUGACAUCAUUGAGAGUCUGACGGGCUGGUCUCUCGAUUCUUUUCUAUCUUGUUCUUCGUCUCGACCUCGUCAUGUAUCUCUUCAGCUGCACGGAGGGGCCUUCGAGCACAGCCCCUUUUGGUAUUUCAGCAGCCCCGACGCUUGUGUUACGAGAAUGGCCUCACUGCCGGCCACGGCGGAUGGUGUUUACGGUGAUGCCACCGGGGCCUCUUCUUGGACGUCUCCCUGGGGCAAUGGUCGUGUCACCUUCAUACAGGAAGAGAACAAGGAUCUCGGCAUUGCCGGAUCUCUCCUGUUGCGUAGCGCAGUCGGCGCUUCCUGUGCGAGGUUGCCUCCUGUUGUGAGUUGCCCUGUGUACACCUUGCACGAUCUUGGCACGUCCACUCUCACCGAGCUUUCUUGUCUCCAGUUGCUUGCCGAGCGCGUUGUGUCCUGGAAUUCUCCCGCUGAGAUGGAGCACGCCCUGUUCAGCGGCGAGGUGCGUGGAGUUCAGUUCGUUGUCCCUUCACGGGGGAGUAGCUCAUGGCUGCACUGGUUCAGUGCGAGAGCGGAGAUCGCCAAUCUCAUUGCCGAAGGAGGUUUGCACCUCAUAGUGCAUGAGGACAUUGAGCUCAUCAAUGUCCUGACCAGUUGGUCCUUGUCGGCUUAUUCGUCUUGCUAUGUAGCUACAGUUUCUCCCAGUUUGCAGGGCGGAGGCUUUGAGCAGGGCCCGCCGUACUUGUACGUUGAGGGGGGGCGGCGGCGGUGCGUCACGCUAGCUCGCAUGUCUUCGUUGCCGGCUGCUGUCGAUGGCCUGUACGGUGAUUCUCAGCGUGCCUGGGCAUGGACUGCUCCUUGGGGCUCGGGCCGCAUCACCUUCUUGGGACCCGCGCUCGGGCGCCACGCAAGUAUCACGCUGCUCCUGCAGAGCUCUCUCGCCGCGGGCUGCCGCGAUGAUGGGGCUGCUACACAGCCACUGUCCGUCCAUGGAGCAUCUCAAUGUCGAGCGCGGUUGAUGGAUGAGCCUGCCGAGAGUAGCAGUAGGCGUGACAUGAGCCUGGCCGUGCCUUAUGCCACAGUUCUGGACACGGCGCAUGAGAUCUCGAGAGUGAUGAUGUCCGGCAACGAGACGCUGCUGAUGGUCACGCAGCACCAAGCUACCGGCUCAGUACUGGACAGCCUUCGACUCCGGGAACUGGAGAAGUUUGUUUAUGUGACUGGAGGGCAUCUGGUUUCCGUGUCUGUCCAAACCAUCAACGCACUGACCAACUGGUCGUUGACAGUCUACUCACAUUGGCACCACAGUUCAGAUCGAUACGUGCCACCUCAGCUGCAGGGGGGAGGCUUUGAGUGGGGCCCAAGGUACCUGUACCUACCUGAUGAUUCUUUUUCUGAACCUUUUUCCGUGACUGAGACGGCUUCAUUGCCAGCAAGCGUGGACGGGAUUUACGGUGGUGCCGCCAGGGUAUAUGCUUGGACGUCUCCCUGGGGCAACGGCCGCAUCACGUUCAUAUCCGAGCAUCUCGGCGUUGCCGGGACUCUCCUGUUGCGCGGUGUAGUUGGCGAUUCAUGCGCGAGGAUGCCUGUCGUGAGUUGCCCUGUGUACACCUUGCACGAUCUUGGCACGUCCACUCUCACCGAGCUUUCUUGUCUCCAGUUGCUUGCUGAGCGCGUUGUGUCCUGGAAUUCUCCCGCUGAGAUGGAGCACGCCCUGUUCAGCGGCGAGGUGCGUGGAGUUCAGUUCGUUGUUCCUUCACGGGGGAGUAGCUCAUGGCUGGACUGGUUCAGUGCGAGGGCGGAGAUCGCCAAUCUCAUUGCCGAAGGAGGUUUGCACCUCAUAGUGCAUGAGGACAUUGAGCUCAUCAAUGUCCUGACCAACUGGUCCUUGUCGGCUUAUUCGUCUUGCUACUACAAUGUAGCUACAGUUUCUCCCAGUUUGCAGGGCGGAGGGUUUGAGCAGGGCCCGCCGUACUUGUAUGUUGGGGAGGGGUCGGGGUGCUUCACGCUAGCUCGCAUGUCUUCGUUGCCGGCUGCUGUCGAUGGCCUGUACGGUGAUUCUCAGCGUGCCUGGGCAUGGACUGCUCCUUGGGGCUCGGGCCGCAUCACCUUCUUGGGACCUGCGCUCGGGCGCCAUGCAAGUCUCGCACUGCUCCUGCAGAGCUCUCUCGCCGCAGGCUGCCGCGAUGGUGGGGCUGCUACACUGUCCUUCCACGGUGCAUCUCAAUGUCGAGCGUGGUUGGUUGAUGAUGAACCAUCAUGGUCAUCAUCAUUGCGCCAAUGGCGCGCAGAGACAAGCACCACGCUUGACAUGAGCUUGGCCACAGUUCUGGACACGGAGCAUGAGAUCUCGAGAGUGAUGAUGUCCGGCAACGAGACUCUGCUGAUGGGCACGCUGCGCCAAGACACGGGGCAAUUGGGCAGCUUUCGACGUCAGGAACUCGAGAAGUUUGUUUACGUGACUGGAGGACAUCUGAUUUCCGUGUCUCUCCAGACCAUCAACGCACUGACGAAUUGGUCGUUGACAGCCUACUCAAGUUGGCACUCCAGUUCAGAUGACUACAUCCGCUACAUGCCACCUCAGCUGCAGGGGGGAGGCUUUGAGCGUGGCCCAAGGUACCUGUACCUGCGACGUGAUGAUGGCCGUUUUCGGGUGACUGAUCAGGCUUCCCUGCCAGCGAGUGUGGACGGGAUGUACGGCGAUGCCAUUCGUGCCCAUGCUUGGACGUCUCCCUGGGGCAAUGGCCGCAUCACGUUCAUAGGCGAGGAUCUCGGCAUUGCCGGUGCUCUCCUGUUGCGCGGUGUAGUCGGCGAUUCAUGCCCCAGGUUACCUGUUGUGAGUUGCCCCGUGUACACCUUGCAUGAUCUGAACGUGUACACUCUAACCGAGCUUUCUUAUCUCCAGUUGCUUGCUGAGCGCGUUGUGUCCUGGAAUUCUCCCGCUGAGAUGGAGCACGCCCUGUUCAGCGGCGAGGUGCGUGGAGUUCAGUUCGUUGUCCCUUCAAGGCAGGGUAGCUCAUGGCUGCACUGGUUCAGUUCGAGGGCGGAGGUCGCCAAUCUCAUUGCCGAAGGAGGUCUUCACCUCAUAGUGCAUGAGGACAUUGAGCUCAUCAAUGUCCUGACCAACUGGUCCUUGUCGGCUUAUUCGUCUUGCUACGACAAUGUAGCUACAGUUUCUCCCAGUUUGCAGGGUGGAGGCUUUGAGCAGGGCCCGCCGUACUUGUAUGUUGAGGGGGGGCGGCGGCGGUGCUUCACGCGAGCUGGCAUGUCUUCGUUACCGGCUUCUGUCGAUGGCCUGUACAAUAAUUCUCACAGUGCCUGGGCGUGGACUGCUCCUUGGGGCUCGGGCCGCAUCACCUUCUUGGGACCUCCGCUCGGGCGCCACCCGAGUCUCGCGCUGCUCCUGCAGAGCUCUCUCGCCGCAGGCUGCCGCGAUGGUGGGGCUGCUACACAGCCACUGUCCUUCCAUGUGGCAUCUCAAUGUCGAGCAUGGUUGAUUUAUGAACCAUUCUGGUCCCUCGAAUGGAGCUGGAGUGCCAGAACAAGCACCACGCUUGACAUGAGCUUGGCCACAGUUCUGGACACGGAGCAUGAGAUCUCGAGAGUGAUGAUGUCCGGCAACGAGACUCUGCUGAUGGGCACGCUGCGCCAAGAUACGGGGCCAUUGGGCAGCCUUCGACGUCAGGAACUGGAGAAGUUUGUUUAUGUGACUGGAGGACAUCUGAUUUCCGUGUCUCUCCAGACCAUCAACGCGCUGACGAACUGGUCGUUGACAGCCUACUCAAGUUGGCACUCCAGUUCAGAUCACUACUACUACUACAUGCCACCUCAGCUGCAGGGGGGAGGCUUUGAGCGUGGCCCAAAGUACCUGCACCUGCCUCAUUCUGGCCGUUUUUAUGUGACUCUGACUGAGACAGCGUCACUGCCAGCGAGUGUGGACGGGAUGUACGGCGAUGCCAUUCGUGCCCAUGCUUGGACGUCUCCCUGGGGCAAUGGCCGCAUCACGUUCAUAGCCGAGAUAGGCAGCGAUCUCCGCGUUGCCGGUGCUCUCCUGUUGCGCGGUGUAGUCGGCGAUUCAUGCCCCAGGUUACCUGUUGUGAGUUGCCCCGUGUACACCUUGCAUGAUCUGGGCGUGUCCACUCUAACCGAGCUUUCGUAUCUCCAGUUGCUUGCUGAGCGCGUUGUGUCCUGGAAUUCUCCCGCUGAGAUGGAGCACGCCCUGUUCAGCGGCGAGGUGCGUGGAGUUCAGUUCGUUGUCCCUUCACGGGGGAGUAGCUCGUGGCUGGACUGGUUCAGUGCGAGGGCGGAGAUCGCCAAUCUCAUUGCCGAAGGAGGUCUUCACCUCAUAGUGCAUGAGGACAUUGAGCUCAUCAAUGUCCUGACCAAUUGGUCCUUGACGGUCAUACAUGCGAGCCAUGCCAAUUCUAACAGAGUUUUGCAUGGCGGAGGCUUUGAGCAGGGCCCACAGUACUUGUCCAACGGAUUCGCCACCCGAGUUGACACGUCGUCGUUGCCAACUGCUGUCGAUGGACUGUACGGUGUUUCUCAGGGUGAUUCUCGGUAUGCCUCGGCAUGGACUGCUCCUUGGGGCUCGGGCCGCAUCACCUUCCUGGGACCUGCACUUAGGCGCCAUGCAAGUAUCACGCUGCUCCUGCAAAGCUCUCUCGCCGCGGGCUGCCGCGAUGAUGGGGCUGCUACACAGCCACUGUCCGUCCAUGGAGCGUCUCAAUGUCGAGCGCGGUUGAUGGAUGAACCUUCAUGGUCCCAAGCCGAGAGUAGCAGCCCUGUGCUUGACAUGAGCCUGGCCGUGCCUUAUGCCACAGUUCUGGACACGGCGCAUGAGAUCUCGAGAGUGAUGAUGUCUAGCAACGAGAUUCUGCUGAUGGGCACGCUGCGCCAAGUUGCGGGCCAAUUGGAGAGCCUUCGACUUCAGGAAUUGGAGAAGUUUGUUUACGUGACUGGAGGGCAUUUGGUUUCCAUCUCUGAGCAGGCCAUCAACGCACUGACCAACUGGUCGUUAACGACCUCAACACACCGUGUCUGGCGUUCAGGUCGAUACGUGCCACCUCAGCUGCAGGGGGGAGGCUUUGAGUGGGGCCCAAGGUACCUGUACCUACCUGAUGAUUCUGAACGUUUUUCCGUGACUGAGACGGCUUCACUGCCAGCAAGCGUGGACGGGAUGUACGGGGAUGCCGAUUCUGCCCAUGCUUGGACGUCUCCCUGGGGUAAUGGCCGCAUCACGUUCAUAUCCGAGCAUCUCGGCAUUGCCGGGUCUCUCCUGUUGCGCGGUGUAGUCGGCGAUUCAUGCGCGAGGAUGCCUGUUGUGAGUUGCCCUGUGUACACCUUGCAUGAUCUUGGCACGCCCGCUCUCACCGAGCCUUCUUAUCUCCAGUUGCUUGCUGAGCGCGUUGUGUCCUGGAAUUCUCCCGCUGAGAUGGAGCACGCCCUGUUCAGCGGCGAGGUGCGUGGAGUUCAGUUCGUUGUCCUUUCACGGGGGAGUAGCUCAUGGCUGCACUGGUUCAGUGCGAGGGCGGAGGUCGCCAAUCUCAUUGCCGAAGGAGGUCUUCACCUCAUAGUGCAUGAGGACAUUGAGCUCAUCAAUGUCCUGACCAGUUGGUCCUUGUCGGCUUAUUCGUCUUGCUACUACAAUGUAAAUGUAGCUACAGUUUCUCCCAGUUUGCAGGGCGGAGGCUUUGAGCAGGGCCCGCCGUACUUGUACGUUGAGGGGGGGCGGCGGCGGUGCGUCACGCUAGCUCGCAUGUCUUCGUUGCCGGCUGCUGUCGAUGGCCUGUACGGUGAUUCUCAGCGUGCCUGGGCAUGGACUGCUCCUUGGGGCUCGGGCCGCAUCACCUUCUUGGGACCUGCGCUCGGGCGCCAUGCAAGUCUCGCGCUGCUCCUGCAGAGCUCUCUCGCCGCAGGCUGCCGCGAUGAUGGGGCUGCUACACAGCCACUGUCCGUCCAUGGAGCGUCUCAAUGUCGAGCGCGGUUGAUGGAUGAACCUUCAUGGUCCCAAGCCGAGAGUAGCCGCCCUGUGCUUGACAUGAGCCUGGCCGUGCCUUAUGCCACAGUUCUGGACACGGAGCACGAGAUCUUGAGAGUGAUGAUGUCCGGCAACGAGACUCUGCUGAUGGGCACGCUGCGCCAAGAUACGGGGCAACUGGGCAGCCUUCGACGUCAGGAACUGGAGAAGUUUGUUUAUGUGACUGGAGGGCAUCUGGUUUCCGUGUCUGUCCAAACCAUCAACGCACUGACCAAUUGGUCGUUAACGACCUCAACACACCGUGUCUGGCGUUCAGGUCGAUACGUGCCACCUCAGCUGCAGGGGGGAGGCUUUGAGUGGGGCCCAAGGUACCUGUACCUACCUGAUGAUUCUGAACCUUUUUCCGUGACUGAGACGGCUUCACUGCCAGCAGGCGUGGACGGGAUGUACGGGGAUGCCGAUUCUGCCCAUGCUUGGACGUCUCCCUGGGGUAAUGGCCGCAUCACGUUCAUAUCCGAGCAUCCCGGCGUUGCCGGGACUCUCCUGUUGCGCGGUGUAGUCGGCGAUUCAUGCGCGAGGAUGCCUGUUGUGAGUUGCCCUGUGUACACCUUGCACGAUCUUGGCACGCCCACUCUCACCGAGCUUUCUUGUCUCCAGUUGCUUGCUGAACGCGUUGUGUCCUGGAAUUCUCCCGCUGAGAUGGAGCACGCCCUGUUCAGCGGCGAGGUGCGUGGAGUUCAGGUCGUUGUCCCUUCACGGGGGAGUAGCUCAUGGCUGCACUGGUUCAGUGCGAGGGCGGAGAUCGCCAAUCUCAUUGCCGAAGGAGGUCUUCACCUCAUAGUGCAUGAGGACAUUGAGCUCAUCAAUGUCCUGACCAAUUGGUCCUUGACGACUCAGAGGUCUUGCUACCAUGAAGCCUCAGUUUCUCCCAGUUUGCAGGGUGGAGGCUUUGAGCAGGGCCCGCCGUACUUGUACGUUGAGGGGGGGCGGCGGCGGUGCGUCAUGCUAGCUCGCAGGUCUUCGUUGCCGGCUGCUGUCGAUGGCCUGUACGUUGAUUCUCGGUAUGCCUCGGCAUGGACUGCUCCUUGGGGCUCGGGCCGCAUCACCUUCUUGGGACCUGCGCUUAGGCGCCAUGCAAGUAUCACGCUGCUCCUGCAAAGCUCUCUCGCCGCGGGCUGCCGCGAUGAUGGGGCUGCUACACAGCCACUGUCCGUCCAUGGAGCGUCUCAAUGUCGAGCGCGGUUGAUGGAUGAACCUUCAUGGUCCCAAGCCGAGAGUAGCCGCCCUAUGCUUGACAUGAGCCUGGCCGUGCCUUAUGCCACAGUUCUGGACACGGAGCAUGAGAUCUCGACAGUGAUGAUGUCUAGCAACGAGACUCUGCUGAUGGGCACGCUGCGCCAAGAUACGGGGCAACUGGGCAGCCUUCGACGUCAGGAACUGGAGAAGUUUGUUUAUGUGACUGGAGGGCAUCUGGUUUCCGUGUCUGUCCAAACCAUCAACGCACUGACCAACUGGUCGUUAACGACCUCAACACACCGUGUCUGGCGUUCAGGUCGAUACGUGCCACCUCAGCUGCAGGGGGGAGGCUUUGAGUGGGGCCCAAGGUACCUGUACCUACCUGAUGAUUCUGAACGUUUUUCCGUGACUGAGACGGCUUCACUGCCAGCAAGCGUGGACGGGAUGUACGGGGAUGCCGAUUCUGCCCAUGCUUGGACGUCUCCCUGGGGCAAUGGCCGCAUCACGUUCAUAUCCGAGCAUCUCGGCAUUGCCGGGUCUCUCCUGUUGCGCGGUGUAGUCGGCGAUUCAUGCGCGAGGAUGCCUGUCGUGAGUUGCCCUGUGUACACCUUGCACGAUCUUGGCACGUCCACUCUCACCGAGCCUUCUUAUCUCCAGUUGCUUGCUGAGCGCGUUGUGUCCUGGAAUUCUCCCGCUGAGAUGGAGCACGCCCUGUUCAGCGGCGAGGUGCGUGGAGUUCAGUUCGUUGUUCCUUCACGGGGGAGUAGCUCAUGGCUGGACUGGUUCAGUGCGAGGGCGGAGAUCGCCAAUCUCAUUGCCGAAGGAGGUUUGCACCUCAUAGUGCAUGAGGACAUUGAGCUCAUCAAUGUCCUGACCAAUUGGUCCUUGACGACUCAGAGGUUGUGCUACCAUGAAGCCACAGCUUUUCCCAGUUUGCAGGGCGGAGGCUUUGAGCAGGGUCCGCAGUACUUGUAUGUUGAGUGGUGGUGUUUCACACUAGCUCGCAUGUCUUCGUUGCCAGCUGCUGUCGAUGGCCUGUACGGUGAUGCUCAGAGUGCCUGGGCGUGGACUGCUCCUUGGGGCUCGGGCCGCAUCACCUUCUUGGGACCUGCGCCCGGGCGCCACGCAAGUCUCGCGCUGCUCCUGCAGAGCUCUCUCGCCGCAGGCUGCGGCAGUUUCGACAACAUUUCGAGCACGCUGCCAUUUGUGAUUCCGCCAUGGUCCACAGUUCUUGUUCUGAGUGCUCGAUUUCACAUCGGCGACCGUGUGCAUGAGCAUGUUGCGCAGAUUCCGCAGCGGAAGUUUAUCGAAGACAUGCAAUUUGCGGAAACUGAGUUUGAGAUUUCUCGCUUGGUUUUGCAAAGACAUGAUCUCAUGUCACGUGGGCCAAGUGUCAUGAUUGUGCAGGACAUCUUUGGAAAUCAGGUCCGGCAUCUGGCUGACCUACUUGCCGAAGUUGUUCACCAGCAAGGGUCUCAUCUGAUUGCUCGUGAUGGCUCGAUCAUCCAGGCAUUGAGCAACUGGUCUGUGACAUCGGGUGGUUCUUGCCAUGUUGUCACUGACCCAUACUUGCUGCCCCGUGAGCUCUCAGGUGGUUUCCUGCAAGGCCCAAGGAUCUUGUACUUUGCCAAUGGUGAAAACUGCCUGGCAGGGGGACGCAGGGAUUCUUUGCCCACAGGUGUUGAUGGUCUCUAUGGCAACGCCACUCAUGCGUAUGCUUGGACUGCGCCUUGGGGCGCAGGCCGGAUUACCUUCAUUGGAGCUGGAUUAGUUGGUUCUCUUCCGAUGGGCUUCUCGCAGUUGCUGCGAAGUGCGCUUGGAAGCCAUGCUGCAGAUGUUUUCCCCGCAGUAGGGUGCCCGGUGCAUGUUUUCAAUAAGAACAGGAACCGUGGAUUCCUUGCACAGCUCCAGCUGGUUGCCGAGCAUGUUGUGACUUGGGACACACUCUCGCAGCUAGAGUUCGCGCUUCUCGAUAAAGGCCACGACCUUCAGGGUGUGCAAGUCGUCGUCCCUUCAGAGGAAGGAAGGCCCCUGCUCGAAAGGCCCAGCAUGCAGUCCGGGGAGUUUGCCAAGCUUAUAUCUCACGGAGGGCUCCAUGUGAUCGUGCAUGAGAGUUUCGAUUGGGACGGAAUCGAGCUUAUCAACGUCCUGACCAACUGGUCCCUGACGAGCCGGCAUUAUUGUCAUUCCCUUUCUUCUGGCCAUAGGCCUAUUUAUCCACGCUGGCUUCCGAACUUGCAGGGCGGAGGCUUCGAGCAUGGUCCAAACCACGUGUACAUCGACACUCAAAGCGCUGGCCAUCUCGUUUGUACGUUUGCUGCUUCCCUGCCGCCCAGUGUUGAUGGUGCGUAUGGUGUGGAUGGUUAUGGCGCUUAUGAUUAUUCCAAUAAUGCUUGGAUGGCUACUGGCAGCGCUUGGACGGCUCCAUGGGGCGCAGGCCGCAUCACUUUUGUGGGAUCUUCUCUUGACCCCGCUCUCCUUGGAUUGGACUCAUUGUUGCAGAGCUCACUCGCCGCAGGCUGUGCAAAUGCAAGCAACGCCUCUCACGAACUAGCAGUUGCUGCAGCGUCUUCAUGUCCUGUGCAUGUUCUGGGCCAGGGGCUUCGUGGAUUUCGUGGUCAAGCUGGCGGGGACAUCCAGCGCAAAUUCGUAGGCGUGGACAAUGAGCUUGAAAUGAUGAAACUGGUCACUGGCGCACAAAGCGAGCAUCGUGUUGUGAUUGCUGGGCGAUAUCCUAGUGUUGUUGGCGCCUUCCCUCUUUCUACAGUCAGUGACCAGCUUGGCCACCUUGUGCACCAAACAGGCGCGCACCUAGUUGUUCUUGAUGAUGCUGACCUUGUGGCUUCUUUGACCAACUGGUCCUUGAGAACCUGGCUGGAGUGCAGCCAUUCGAUUGCGCAUGCGCUGAACGAUACUGCAACCGUGCACCUAAAUUUGGGUGAACUCGGUUGUUCCCAAGUGACCUCGGUUGCAUCAUUGCCGGCGAGUGUUGAUGGUGCCCGCGGGAAUGAUGCGCUUGCUGUUGCUUGGACCAGCCCCUGGGGCAAUGGCCGUAUUAGUUUUGCUGGAAGCGUGUCUUACACAACUCCCGUCGGCUUCCCGAUGCUCCUGCAGAGUGUGCUUGGCACCGCAUGUGAGAGCAUGGGCAUGGUCUCCUGCCCUGUCUACGUGCUGAACGAUCCGAACAUGGUGCAGUCUACUGCGAGCGCAGUUCUGCUUGGCCAGGGCCAACUCCUGUCUGACCAUCUGGUACCAUGGAACACCUCCUCGGAGAUGGAAGAGGCUUUGUUUGGUAGCGUUGUGCUUGAUUCCCGUUUUCAAAUCAUUUUUCCAUCACAGGCGGGUGAUGGCUUGCUGCAGUGGUUCCAAGCCAGAUCCUCAGAGAUUCGACAGCGAAUAACCCAAGGAGGGCUUCAUGUGAUCGUGCAUGAUGUCGAUCUCAUCAACCGAUUGGGGCAGAUGUCCUUAACUGCCCAAAGCAUUUGCGUUCAUAGCUCAGAUUGGGUUCCGGGAUUUACAGAGGAGCGGCUGUAUUUGGGAAAUGCUGGCUGUGUCGUGGCUACUUCGGUGAGAUCUAUGGACUCAUUGUUCGCCGAACCUUCUAUUUAUGGUUUUUCGUCUUAUGGUCACCAGUUUUCCGACUCCGCAUAUGUCUGGACUGCUCCUUGGGGUGCGGGUCGCCUCACUUUCAUGGGAACUCAGGAGAACCUGUGGCAGCCUGACUUGGCCUGGUUGCUGGAAAGAUCAGACGUCAACGCGAGUUGCAACGAAACGCCAGGGGAAGCUACAGUGCCGGCAACAUCUGCGCCGCCAUCCACAACCAUGACAACAUCAGAAGAACCAGAACUCGAGUUGACAACCACGAGAGGCACCAACACCCCUGCAACACAUACGCUUACAACAUCAGAAGUCGAAUUGACAACAACCACAAGGGGCACCAACACAAUCACCACCACCUUGGCAACGCAUACACUUACAACAUCUGGGCUGCAAGGGCUGACAACCAGCUCUGGAACAAAGACGCUGACUAUUGCAACAUCAAGCACUGCCACGGGAACUUCUACUGUCACAUUGACGUCCACCACGACAGCCACCCCUUUCUAUAUCUCUUGUGGGAGCGUUGUAUCCAGCUCCACGAUCGGGCGGACGAGCCUCGUUGGUUUCUCAUCUGGCGAUGCUCAUCACAAAGUUUGUCUUCCCGAGGACGUUCACUCUUUGAGCCGUCAGGUUAUUUUGAGCACAUGUGGCUCAGCUUUUGACACCUAUCUGCGUGUGCUUGACGAGGAUGGAGCAACCAGAGGUGGUUGUGAUGAUUGUGGCCCAUGUGGGCAGCAAGCCGCCCUAAAGAUUGAUCUGUCCCCUGGUGCAUGCUACAAUGUUGUCGUUGAGGGCUAUGGCCACUUUGAAGGCGAAUAUCAACUUGAGGUGUCCUGCUGCCCUGCAGAUUCGUGUGGUGGGCGUGGUCGGGCCAUUCAUGAGUCCUGGGACUCAACGGGCAACCGCUGCAGCUGCCUGUGCCAUUGGCCUUUUGCGGGCGAGACCUGCAACACAUGCCGUAGCGGCAUGCUGGCGGUCGUCAUGGAUGGCUCUUGCAAGCCUUGCUUCAGGUUCAAUCGUCUUGACCGCGUGGCCCUCACUGGCACAGUGGUGGCGUGGUCACCAGGUUACGUCUACCCGUCCUGCACGUCUGCUAUUCACUUGUCCUUCUUUGCUCCUGAGGACCUACAAGAGCAGGUCGAAGAACGUGAGGGCGGCGACUUUGAUGUAUCCAUGGGCUACUGCAAUCAUUCUCACACCUGGCCGGGGCUGCAAGUGACAGCAAAUGGGCUUCCUGUGGGUUCCAUCUCUUGUGCUCCACAGUUCCAGUGUCCGGGCACGGCUGUGCAGAGCCCAGGCCCAGAGACUGCAGGGGUUCUUGUGGUUCUACGGUUGUUGGAUGGCUUUCCGCACACCAGUGCUGUCUCCUUAUCGCUUCUGGCACUUCUGGCCUCCAUCUUCGACUCUUCCAUCUCGGAAGUCCUUAUACGCACGUCCAGCCGUAGUCUCCAAGUCGCCAUGACCAGGGCGAUGCUGCCAGCAAUGCAGGACUUCCUCAACCAAGAGCUCGAGUCGCAAACCCUAAUCCGGUGCGAUGCAGGUGAGGACGUGCAGCACUUCGCGACUGCAACUUUAGAGCUAGUGGUUCUUGUGGGCCAGCUCUGCGGGAGCACCGAGGCCGUUCUUCAGUCGCUUGUGCCUCUCACACAGCUAGCGCGCCCUAUUCGCAUCCUCCACAUAGGUGAAGCAACUGCUCCGGCACCGGGGUUUCUGACAUCCGUCUCUUCUUUUGGUCGGCGAACUUCGGCUUCUGGCACACGCGAGGCCAUUUGCCAGCACUUGGGCAUAUGGCUUCACGACCGAAGACAAGGGCCCGGUGCUGGCUGCAACGGACCUCUGUCCUUCAGCCCAUCCCAAGUGUCCGCAUUUCAACGAGACCGGCUGACCUUCCAAGGCGUUUGCAAGAUCAGGUCUUGCUGUAUCGGAAGCAAGUGUUCCAACUUUGUUCAUGUGGACAGCAGUACGGUGUCGUGCCGCGUUCCUUUGCUGGAAGCAGGGCGGUACAGGGUCAGCGUGGUUUCCUUUGAUGGCGAGAGCCACACAUCGGACACAGAGCUUGUGGUGACAGUUCCCGGAACCGAUCUGCAUGUGGCGCGCCCUGUGCGAAGCAGCUCAGUUUUGCAUGGUGUGUUUCCAGAUGUCUCCAUGAGUUUCGAAUACAGGCACUUGGCGCUGCCACACUCUGCCACAGAGCAUUGUUGUGACCUGGUCGCACUGGAUGCUGACCUUCGUGUCAUGGGGCGUAUAGGGCCUCGGAGGUGCAAUGACGAUCAGGCGAGCAUCCCUCAGGCCAUCCACAGGUCCCAUUCGCCAAUCAGGCUUCUUGCGUGGCGGUGCUAUGCCGUCGGCGCAGACCGCGCCGAGGGUGAAGAUGGCAAGAGCUGUGACCUUCCAGGCGCCAGUGCCUCCAUACCAGAGACCCCGAGGACUGGCACUGCUCAGCUCCUAACAGCUGACGACCGAAUUGACCACGUCAUUCAGGCAGCUGUGACAGCUGCGGCUGUGUCCUCAGAUUCGUCGCCUUCUGGGCAAGGAGAUUGCAGCACCGGAGAGCCUCCUGCAGACUUGCUGGGCCAUUGCUAUUGGGCCUGGAGUGCAUCGGCCGAAGGUGCGGGACCUUAUCUGGUCAGUGCAGGCUUCAAAGAAGUCGCAACGGACGAGGCGCUGUCCAAUGCCAUCCGUGGCGACAUCUUGGUGCUGCCAUCGUCCGCCUUGUGCACUUCAGGCUUCGUUGCCAUCAAAUACACGGAUGAACAGGUUGAGAGGCAGUGGGUAUCCGAUUUGUUCCACAGCUUGGCCGAUUUCUCCCUGAACGCAACGUCCGGGACAGCAACUUUGUUCAGGCUGGACCACACCGAGCUGCCACCAUUGCCACCUCAACCUUUCGAGAGAUUCUUUCCGAUGGCCAUCAAGAGUAGCCUGCUCAAAGGGGUAGCUCGAACUGAAGCGAUCCGCAGCGCAAGAAGCAGGCGCGCGGUACCUCCCGAAACCCAUGAGGAGCUUCGCCAAGCGCGCCCAUGCCCGGCCUUUUGGCAACGCCCGACUGGGGGCACUGCAGGAAACAUGCCCAGCCAGCUUAGGCCGCUGCAUUUUGACCGGUUCAGACGACUUCGCCCAAGAAUCCCCAACAGAUCCCCGCUGUGCUUUCAAGUGAACCCCGAUGCACAGAAUCAGUUCGGCGUCCGUUGUUGCUAUGACUCGGCUAACCGCUUCAUCCGCGCCUGGCCCUCAAGGAUCAUGGCUGGAGGCGGCCCGAACCAUCUCUGGCACAUCGUGGAGGAUCAGGAUUUGGACCAGCUUUUGCACAUGAAUGAUGAAGACACAACUACUACCAGCACGAUUCUCACCAGCCUCACCCAAACGGUCACGACAUCCACUUUCACGCUCACCACCACCACCUCCACGGAGUCUCCGGACAUUGCAUUCAAUGGAAUUGCCAUCGCUUUCUCAGAGGAGGUUGGGGUGGUCCAGCUCAGGUGGAAAGCGGCGCAAGAUCCAAGAGGCCAUGAGGUUGAGUACUUCCUUCUGUACGUAAGCGGCGAGAGCAACUUCACGGAGGAACUAUCACUUUCAAACACCACAGCCACGGUUCUUCGUUUAGGGGGCGCAUUGCAUACCAGCCUGGAAGAGGAGCCCAACUCAACGGUCUCUUUGCUGGUUGUCGCGGCAGCAGGAGGGCGAAUCUCCAAGAAUCGUCAUACUACAGUGGUUGCAGUAGCAGCCGAGGGUCGAAGUCUUGCCGAAGGCAUCGCCCUUGUCGAGGUCACUGCCAGCGAGGCGCUUUCUGUUGCAGUUACCGGGUCGGCUGUGACUCUUACUGGAACGGUCCCAGAGAUACCCCACUCCUCUUAUAUCAAAGGCCUAGACAGCAAUGGCGAGCCCUUCCUGGCUUUUGUGGACAACGUCACAUUCACAGAGCAAGGGCUUGUAGCUGCAACACGACCGGCAAACUUGCGAGAAGUCUACCAGCAACUCCACUUUGAUGCCGAAGUCGACCUUGAGCCUGUUUCGGAUUCGGGCACAGGGCGCCGUCUCAGUGAGGGAGCCCCACACCAACCAGAAUUCCCUACCUACGACCUAGGCCUUGACCUGCUUGGAAUGAGGAUUACUUGCACACUUGCCCCGCAUGUGCGUGCUCACGCUCACAUUGAUCUCAUCUUAUCCCGCAUCGAUUCCAGCAUGACCGUCGACGCAACACUGACACUGGCGUGCAAACUUGCUUUCCCUAAGCUUGCACUCAAGCAUCCCCAAAGCAAGAGCGUUCCCAUCCCGCUCCCCAGCUUCUGGGUCCCCUUGGGAUUAUUGGGCAAGCUCGACAUCUCGCCGACCCUUUCCCUUCAUACCAACUUCACGGCCGAGGUUGAGGUUGGGGCCGUGGGCUUCGCGCUAGUUCUUCGGUGCGUUGCGAAGGCUCAUUUUGAUGAUGACAAUGGCUUUCUUGGCACUAGAACAUGUGAUCAUGACUGGGAGUUCACGCCUCCAGCAAUAUCAGUAAAGCUUACCGCAUCAACUUGGGCCAGCUUUGGCGUCGAUUUUCUAUGGCUUGGCCUCGUCGGUUUGCGACCUGCCUUCAAGAUUGGGGCGCGCCUGCAGGCCAGCGCGAAGCUCCCCAACGAUCUGGAGCUGCGGAACAAAGCUCCGUUUUUGGGCUUGCACUUUGAAGCCUUUGGGCUCUACCUAGAUGCUGCUGUUGAGCUGUAUGGCAAGUGGCAUGAAAAGUGCGGGUGGUGGAGGUUGUGUGAGAAGAGCGUGCUCAUCCUUGCAGUUACCCUGGAGGUGCCGAUCUUUGCACUGCCUGAUGUGAAGAGCAUCGAAAGUUCGCGAGACAAUGGGAUCUAUGAGCUUGAGGUCCAGGAGAGCGACUCGCCGUUUCAGAAGUUGCCCGCGCAGCACGAGUGGUUUGUCAUUCCUGCAGCGGAGUGGACACAAGUUUAUGUUUCGUCGACACGGCUUGUGCUGCGCCCAACGUCAGAUGCUUCUUGUGGUCAUGUUUACCAUUUUGUGACCCGAAUGAUGGUGGUCUCCAGAAUGGCUUCCAUCGAGGUCUGCCCCGCUGCCGCCGCCACCACAACAACGACGACCACGACGACCACGACGACCAGAACUACUACUACCACCAACGCCGACACAACAAUGGAAGAUGACAUCCCGCCAGACAGCAACAACCCUUUCAGCAACACAGACUGGAGGAGAAGCAGGCCCGGCGCAUUUACAUUCGGCGAUCCCCACUGCCACACUUUUGAUGAUUAUCGUUUUGAGUGCAACUUCUUGGGCGAGGCAGUGUGGACACGCUGUGGCAGCUUUGCUGUUCAUGUCGUCGCAGAGAAGCCGAACAGCGGCAGCCAGGCCACUGUUGUCACGGCCUUCGCUGUCAAGGAACGAGAAGAGACGGCGGUCGUAAGACUUACGGAGAAUUCCAGCACUCGGUUCGAGGUGUAUCUUGAUGGGGUGGAGGGCGAGCUAAGCGGCAGCAACCUGGCCAUGGAAUUGGACGGCAGCCUUCUACUUCUGCAGACGCGAACGGGACAUCAAGUCGAAGCAACAUUGCACCCGAGGCAUAUAUUCAUCACCUUGUUCCUGGCAGAAGAGUGCUUCAACCAGACCGAGGGCCUCAUGGGAAAUAACAACGGUGACAGGACGGAUGACCUGCGGCCUUUCAAUGCAUCGGAGAGCAUGGACAUCAAGUCGCUUCCUGAGGAGGUGUAUACGAAGCAUGUGCUGUCAUGGUGCAUCACGGAUAUCAAGCAUUCCGUUUUCCCGUUUGACAUGUUCAAGCCUUGUGACCUCACCUUCCGGCCAACCUUCAGCACAGAGUUGGACCUCCAGCUUUGCCCGGAAAGCUGCGAAGGCAGCGAGGCUUGUUGUCUGGACUGGAUGGAAGCUGGGGAUGACAUAGCUGCUGCAUCGGUUACAGACAGCCAGGCUGUGGCAGAGGCACAGAAUCAAGCUGUGUCUUUCAAUGCGCUCGAGCCGCCAGAAUUUACACAUUUCCCUACAGUGAUCUGGCUGUUGCCAGCCGUGGUGCCAGAAGUCCAGAUGAAAGUCGCAGCGAGCUCAGCGUCUUCUACCUUGGUGGCAAAGAUUGAAUGUUCCGUGUGUGACAGCGAAUCGCACUACGACAAUAUCACUUGUGAGUUCGAUGGUGUUGGGACGCAGUCUGCAACACUGUCGGUUAAAGCAAUUUCUUUGCCUCUCGGCCCUUUUACUUGCACAGCAGUGGAUACACUUGGGGGUUCGACAACUGGUGUGUCGACAGUUGCGGGGCUGAAGGCCACCACGACAUCAAUGCCAAGUAAUGACACUGCAGCUUCCAACAGCACGGAGCCAAACACAACUACAAGCAGCGCAAUCACGAUCCUUGCAGAGGUGGGCAAUGGUCAUGAGGUUGUCACGAUGCUUCUGAUUGUGUUGGGCUGUCUGGCAUUCCUUGGCUGCCUUAUUGGAAUUGGAGCUGCGCUGUAUCUGCGUUUCCCGAGUCGGACUGCCGAGGUUGCCGCUGACGUUCGGGCAGGGACCAACGAGCCAUCACAGAUUGAAGAGGGAGAAGGACCAGGAUGCACUGCUCGUGCCGGGGCCAACGACCGCGAGCCAUCGCAGAUUGAAGAGGGAGACGGUCAGGAUGUCCCCUCCCUUUCUAGUGAAGGUGUGCCACGAGACAUCUCACCAAAGCCUCCUCCAUCAUGCUCAGCCUCAGUGAUCCUGAUCGUCUCGGAUGGUGAAGCCUUCGAGAAGGGGAUCGCAGGCAGCAACGAGCCAGGCAGCUCCAGAUUGCCGGAUGGCCGACCUGAUCUCGAGGAUGACCUGGUAGAGCUUUGA